AUGGCUCAUAUCAGUACUUAUCGCUCCAACGUGAAGAUCGGAAACUGGAACGAGGACCUGCGCUUAGAAGAGGAUGCAAAGAAAGACUAUCUGGAGAAAAAGGAGAAGGGGGAGCUUGUUGCCCAGAAAGUAGACUUCCUCAAACAGAACAUUUUGAGACCGGUGAAUCUCACUUUGACAAAUGAUGGGAGAUUGCACUUCGGGGAUGUUGUGAUGCUGGUGAACAUGGGAGGAGGACAGAGGGAGCGCAGUGCAGUGAGCAUCAACGCUGACAUUAACAGUUUGAGGAGGACUCCUUCGCCGGGCGUUCAAGCUCCAUGUGGAGUCAGUGCAGGAAGAGGUAUUCAGGCCUGCGUGCGCACCGCCUUCGUCAUUACCAGUGUCGAUGGCAGUCCUGAAGGGUCCACUCUGCACUUUGAGCAACCUUUUGCUCUGAAAACAACAAGUGGCUUUGCCGGUGGUCUUUACCUGAUUAGUGACCUGCAAACUUUUCAAAAGUCUGCCAAGAAGUCCCGGCUACAAGAAGUAAACUUGGAUGACAGCGGUUCUUUUAUGUCAUGGUGGAAGAUAGUCCACUUUGACCCCCAGGAGAGGCUUGAAUAUGAAGACCAGCCUGUUCCAGCUAAUGUGAGCGUGCUGAUCAUACACUGCAAGACAAACCAGGCUCUGGCUGUUCUGGGAAAUCAUGUCCUUUGGACCGCAUAUGACAAAGAGUACGAGCUGACGGCUCACACCUUCCUGGACUCGCACAAAGUCGAGCAAGACAACAACCACUGGAUAAUGUGCACUUCGGACUCUGCAGGGAAAGGGCUCGUAAUUCUCAACCACCCACAGUCAGAGGCCGACCGCGACGAGCUCACACAGACCAACUGUGAUGUCUAAAUCCACCGUAACACAAUUCACUGUCAUGCGGUAACAAGUAGAAAUACAGCAGAUAGAUACCACAUCGUUAAUAACACCUAAAUGUGUU